AUGGAGUACAAGCAGACGGAACACGAGGUGCCGCUUCUCCCGUGGAAACUGAGCCACAGCAACACAGCCACUUGCUGGCUGUGUAGUCCCUCAGUUUUUACUGAAAUGUGGUCCCCUCCAGACAAGCAAGAGGAAGUCAGAACGGAAUCGGAUGGAUAUUCUUUCUGUCUUCUUGCAGUCUACCACUUAAACCUGAAUAAUUCCUCCAGUGAAUUUGACAGGCAGAGCCAUCAUUCUGAGUAUACAAGCUCUGUGCCUCCUACUUCGAGAUUACAAGUAGGUGAUGGAAGCAUGACAAUGAGAGAGGUUCAUGGCAAUCCACAAGUAAACAACGCCUUUUAUGCAAUGGCACCCAAUGAGAAUGGAAAGGACAAAGUCUCUGUUGCUAUGUGUAAAGAUAAAAAAUGUCAAAAGAAAAAAAAGAAAUUUGUAGAUGAUGGAGCCAAGGGGAACUGGUUCAAGGUCACAAUUCCAUGUGGGAGAAAAUAUGACAAGUCAUGUCUAUUAAAAUCAAUCCAGAGCCUUUGCACUGUGCCCUUCACCCCAGUCGAUUUCCACUAUGAGAAAAAUCAGGCCCGGUUCUUUGUCCAGGAUGCUAUUACUGCCUCUGCAUUGAAGGCUGUCAACUUGAGGAUUUUGGAUGAGGAAAGCCAAAGGGUAUCUAUCUUUGUCAGUCCUUCUAUUGUACCCUACUCUGUGCAAAAUAAUUUUACUCCAGAACAGAUGGAGACAUUAAAGGUGGUGAUGGGGAAGCGAUACAGUACCUUCCAGAAAUAUCUGGACCUCCAAAAAUUCCGCUUUGACCCAGACUUAAUGUUCCAUGAUAUUGACAUGUUUCUGAAUAGAAGAAGCUGUAUGGCUGCCACAGUGAAGACUAUCCUACAGAAUUUCUCUGAGUUGUCGUACUUGAACUUGGGCAACAACAAGCUGUACCACCUGGAUGGCCUGUGUGACAUGAUAGAGAAGGUCCCUCAGCUCAAGAAACUAAACCUCUCCAAAAAUAAACUGAUGUCGUUAUCAGAGUUGGAGAAGGUAAAAGGGAUGAAGCUGGAAGAUCUGUGGCUAGAAGGAAACCCCUUGUGCAGCAUCUUCUCAGAUGAAUCUGACUAUGUAAGCUGUGCUCAUAAGACUCCUUUUCUUCAGAUCUGCACCCUCGUUUAUUAUCUUGCCUUGAGUAUUUCCCACGACUGUAUAUUCAGCCUCUUCCAUCAUGUUCUUCCAUAUGUGAAACCUAGGGAGGUUCCAUUUUCCAUGUACAGCUCAGACUGGGAUCAUUCUGAAGACAUUUGUUCAGCCCACGUCCAGGAUGGCAAGGAAUUGUUAGCACCAGUUGCGAUGCACACUGAAGCUCCCCAACCAGUGCAACCCAUCAUGGAAAAGUAUGCAGUCUUUAAUUCCAUAAGGAAUCUAGUCCUGCAAUUCCUACAGGAAUAUUACAUGAUCUAUGACAGUAGAGAUCGACAUGGUCUCCUCGGUGUUUACCAUGAUGAAGCCUGCUUCUCUCUGGUCAUUCCCAUCAAUGCCAGCGAACCAGCUCCUAGAAACUUGGACGAAUACUUCAAGUUUAGCAGGGAUAUGAAGAAGCUCAUGCACCCCCAUAUGCAAAGACAGCUGGUGAAGCACAGGAAACAUGACAUUGUGGAAUGCCUUCGUAUGUUGCCCAAAACUCAACAUGCUUACAACAGCCUCUGGGUGGACAUACGUUUGCAGACAGAAACCAUGUUGUGCUUUACUGUCAAUGGAAUGUUCAUGGAAGUGGAAGGAAAGUUUCCAGGAUGUGUUCGUGCCUUUACCAGGACCUUCAUCACUACCCAUAGCAAGAAUUCAAGUGUAUGCAUCAUGAAUGACGAGCUGAUUGUGAGGAAUGCCAACCUUAAAGAGAUCCAGAGUGCUUUCCCCACUCCAUUACCUAUAGUCAUCAUUCCUUCCGUGCCUACUCUGUCUGAAGAGCAGCAGAAAAUGGUCGAUAUUUUCUCUAUACAGACUGGGUUGGAACCUGUUAAUUCUCAGAAGUGCCUUGCAGACAACAACUGGAACUACUUCAAAGCUGCUGAGGUUUUCACUGUGCUCCAGGAACCUUUCAACCCUUCUUUGAGGUUCUGUGCAAGAAAUAUCACACUAAUUAGCACCUGCAAGGGGCAGGAGAGUCAGCCUGCCUUUCCAGAAGGCACAUCCUUCCCAGAGCUGAAAUAA